UCAUGAACCUGGCGCGGCUGGUGUGCCGUCACAAGACGGCCCUGGCCCUGGGGGGCGGCUGCCUGUUCGCGGCGGUCCUCCUCUACCUGGCCAAGUGCACGUCGGAGGCGGCCAAGGGCCCGGAGCCCGGAUUCCCCGCCCAGUCCGAGAUCCGCGCCGAGCGGCGGGACGCCGCGGCCAAGGUGCUGAGCGCCUUCCUGGUGGUCUUAAUCACCACGGGGCCCAAGUACACCGAGAGGAGGAGCAUCAUCCGGAGCACCUGGCUGACGAAGGGCGACCCGGACGUCCUGGGCCUGUUUGUGGUCGGCACCGAAGGCCUGCCCCCCGAGGACCUGCAGAGCCUGGCCGCGGAGAACGCCCGAUACAAAGACCUCCUGCUCCUGCCCAACCUCAGGGACUCCUACGAGAACCUCACCCUCAAGCUCCUGCACAUGUACUCCUGGCUGGACCAGAACGUGGACUUCACCUUUGUCCUGAAGGCGGACGACGAUACUUUCGCCCGCCUGGACGUCAUCAAGGAAGAGCUGCGCUCCCAGGAGCCAAGGAGACUCUACUGGGGCUUCUUCUCUGGCAGGGGGAGAGUGAAGUCGGCUGGCAAGUGGAAGGAGAGCACCUGGACCCUGUGCGACUACUACCUGCCCUACGCACUGGGGGGGGGCUACGUCCUGUCCUCGGACCUCGUCCACUACAUCCGGAUCAGUGCUCCGUACCUGAAGGCCUGGCAGAGCGAAGACGUCUCCCUGGGCGCCUGGCUGGCGCCCGUGGACGUCCGCCGGGCGCACGACCCCCGCUUCGACACCGAGUACAAGUCCCGGGGCUGCAACAACAAGUACAUAGUGACGCACAAGCAGAGCCUGGAGGACAUGCUGGAGAAGCAGCAGACGCUGCUCAAGGAGGGCCGCCUGUGCAAGGAGGAGGUGAAGCUGCGUCUGUCGUACAUCUACGACUGGAGCGUGCCGCCCUCGCAGUGCUGCCAGCGGAAAGAUGGCGUCCCCUGACCGCGUCUCUGCUCGCGCUUGGUUCCUGGCGGCUGCCCUCCGGGACGCGGCGGGAGACGUUUGUUUCCUUCCCCGGUGGCCGGCGGCCCAGGUGAGGAAAAGACCAGAUUUGAGGAGGACGGCGAGUCUUCGAGUCGUUGUUUGCAGUCGUUUUUUUGGACCUUCACUAAGCGUCUUAAUGAACGAGGCAGGUGGGGUUAAAAGGGGGCUGGCAUAAUAAUAGCGGAUAAUAACGUCAUAACGACCUGGCCGUAACAACAGAUUAUUCUGUGGCUCAUACCAAGAAAUGAGCCAUUUCCGCCCCCCACCCACCCUCGUGGACUACGUUGUAACUGCUGGUGGUUUGAUCACGCAUAUAAGGAAAGCUUUCAUUUAGCUGCCCCUAAGUCCCUUUCUCCGUAGUUUGAGUUUAUGGGCCCGGCCGAAGGCGGUGUUGAAGCUGCCCUUGGCCCUCGAGAUCCAUUGGAUUUGAAGGCAUCGUGGGAUUUGCCACGUCGAGGCAGCUCUGCUACUUCAGAACCAAUCCCGUUCCCUUGUGUGAACACUGGUACACAAUUGUGGAAGUCGGCUUCUUAAUUUAUAGUAAACAUUUUUUUUUU